AUGGGAUCAGGUAUCACGACAGCCAAGCCAGUCACAUCACAAAGCUUUUCUAAACCUGUAACCGAAAAGCGAAAAAAGAGUACAGAAAUAACGAAUAGUACUCACGGUAUCAGCGAAUCGAAUAAUUCUCGCUCAAAAAAAACAAUGUCGCAGCUAAGUCGUGCGGGAACAUUGUCUAGCCCACACCAUGUGGACAACAUUGAUGCGAGUAGAGAUAUCGAUGGUGGUGGUAAAAGCACUUCUCAAAUGAUUGAAAAACCAGGUGUAUACAAAAGUACUAUAUCUGUGAAAUCAUCGUCUCAGAGAGCACAGACUGACCGACAGAAAAUUACUACGGAUUCUUCGAGUUCAACAAAAAGACCAAAAACGAAAGCUGUAUUUGAAAUAAUAAAAAGAUUUGAAGCAACAAGUUUGCAAGAGACAGAAAUAAUGAUGGCAUGGUUGGAUGAAAAGCUGAAACAUCUUGAUACAAAAGUGCAGUCGGAUGACAGAAAUCUCAAACCUGAUGCUGGUGUUAAUGGGAAUGAAGAAGGCGAAACACAAAAUAUAGACGUUGAUUGGAAGAAAAUGAGGAAGGAUAUAACUGGCUACAAAUCGGAAAAACAACGUCUUCUGAACGUAAUAUCUGAAAUUGCUGGAAAUCGUCUGAAGAGCAACAAUCCUGCCAUUGCCGACCUCAGCGAUAAAAACCGAGCUAGCAAAUUAGCAGAGAAGUUUUCCGAACUGUACGAUAAUGAAUGGACGGACGUAGUGGAGGUGCUCCGAACUAUAAAAAGUAACAAUUCUGUACAAGAGGACGAACUGGAGAGAAAAUCAAUCAGUUACAUGGUUGAUGUGAUAAAAAUCAGUUACCAGAUGUGUCAGAAGAAAGCGAAAAAAGACCUUGAUAAAAUGAUCAAAGUUGUAGUUAAAUCGUCAGAU